AUGGCAGCCGAAGAUAUACAAGAACUUCACGAAGCCAUCACCACAAAUGACCUCAGUAGCGUGACAAGGCUUGUUCGCCAAGGUGUUGACUUGAAUUAUUGCAUCAAUCGGCAAACAGCUUGUACAAAAGCCAUAAAUGUCGGCGAUGAAGUCAUACUGGACGUUAUUGUCGAAGCUCCGUAUUUUAACCCCAACUCUGCCAAUCAGUUUGACCGGACACCUUUGUAUGCGGCCGCUAAGAACGGUCAAGUGAAUCUGGCAAAACGUCUGCUUUCGUUGGGAGGUAACGUUGAUCAGGCAGAUAUAUUAGGAAUAACUCCGCUUGGGGCUGCAGCGUGGUACGACCACCCGGAAAUGGCUGACCUUCUGAUCGCACACGGUGCUAGCGUCAACAAAACGUCAAACGGCGGAGAAAGCCCACUUUACCGAGCCUGUAAGAACAAUCGUCACGGCAUGGCCCUUGCCUUAAUACGGCAUGGUGGCGACGUGAAUAUGGCAACCAACGACAGCCAUAACCACCCGGGCCACACCCCUCUGAUGGCCGCAAUUUGUGGAGUAAAUUACAACGUGUACACAUCGAUGCUGGACAAAAGUGUUUCUAAAAUGGCUGCCUUGAUUGACGUUCUGGUAAUAAAAGGGUGUGACCUCAACGCUCGGGAUUUUAGGGGUCGCUCAGCCUUGCAUUUGGCAGUGUUAGACAACAACGUGUGUGCUGUAUGUCUUCUUUUGGAAGCCGGAUGUGAUGUCAACUUGGUUGACAAGUUCGACUUUAGUCCUCUUCAUUGGGCUUUUCAAAGAAAUCAGCAGCGCCACUAUUUAGCCAAGGUACUGAUGCUGUACGGAGCGGACGUUAAUUUUUACCUCAAUACCUUAGACACCAAGAAACGAGACGCAUUAAGCAUGGUUCGCGAAAUAGAAAAGAAACCUCUUGGUUCAAGGAAAGAAAGACAUGAGAUGAUACGUUUGGUAUUGUCCUCCAUAAGCCCGUAUCGUCUUCAGAAUUUAAGUGAAAUAAGUGCAACAGAGGAGAAGCCCGUCGACGUUAUAGACGAACCUAUUCUUGAUAAACUGUUACUUGAGAGACAGUUCACACUUCAGUCAUUUUGCAGGUAUGAAAUAAGACGACAUAUCAAGGGAGGGGCUCUGAACAAGAUUCAGAGAAUGCCGAUAGCCAAACGUCUGAAACUCUAUCUAGACUUGGAACAUGAUAGCAUGCGAUUUCAUCCUAUGCACGUCAACGAGUUAUAUAUCGCAGUGGGAGAAGAAAAGCUCGGGCGUAUUAAAGAACUGAUUGAAUCCGGAACGGAUGUGGAGGCACCUCUUUGGGAUAAGGUACCGCUGACUCUGGCGGCAGAACUAGGCCAUUAUGAGGUAGUGGAACUAUUGCUGUCGCUGGGAGCUAAACCGUGGCAUCUGGACGCAUCCGGGGAUUCCGCACUGCACCUAGCCGUCCGGAAUUCUCACUCCACAGUGGCCCGGUUACUUAUAAACACGGGUGUUGAUGUCGAGCUCAGAAACAAGGUACAGAGAACUCCACUGCUGGAAGCUGCCUUUGUCGGCGACAACACAACCUUUGACAUACUGCUAUCGGUCGGGGCCAAUCCUGAUGUCUACCAAAGCGAUGGUAUCACACCGCUUCACUAUAUGGCGGGAAACGGCAAUGUGAAAAUGGUGCGUCGUCUGCUUGUCUUAGGAAUGGAUCCCGAUGUAACUGACGGUGAAGGCGGUCGACCCAUUCACAUAGCAGCGUCUAAAGGUAGAUUGUACUCGGCCUUUCUCAGGCUUCCAGCCUUGUACAGAGAUGAAGACCAGAUUGAUCACGCAGGCGUCAUUCGGGCUCUUUUGAAAGGAGGGUGUGACGUCAGUGUGAGAAAUGUACACAGAAGAAGUGCCUUGGAUAUAGCUAAAUCCAUCAAACAUUUGGGCACUCAAGAGAUUAUAAAAGUGCUUGAAAAUCCCUCUGAAGCUUUCAAAACAUAAUGGAAAUAAUGUUC